UGAAAGUUUACUUCCCGUUUAAUAUCAUCAUUUUAGCAAAUAUUUGCAAUCUGAUCAACGUAGUAUUUUGCAUGAGAUCGGAAGGAAGGCAUCUGCACAUAAUCGUCUCUCUUGAUCACUCUAUCAACAACGUGUAAUCGUAAACUAGCCAAUAUCUUAGGAAGGCCGUGGCGGUGCUGUGUAUUUUACUGUGACUCGGCCAGAUGAUGUAAACAUGACAUGCUACUAUUCUAAAAAGUCAGGAGCGGCGUUGUGAUCUUAAAGGCCAUUGGAACCGUCAAGAUGGCCAGACCACCGCAGGAUGUUCCCCAUACACUGGGGCUGAGAGUGGCCAUGGAUAUGGCUGAAAAUAUUCGAAGAACCUUUGAAGAGCAAUUCACUUGGUUAGAUGAGAUACUAGCAGUGUGCAAACAGUCUUUUGCAAGACCUGAAGUUGAACUUUUGCCUAAAACUCCAUCAGCAAAAAGACGAAGAAAACCGCGCAAAGUGAUUAUUGAAGAAGACGAGGAUGAGGAAGAGGAGCAUAACACAAGGAGAACGAUUAAAGCCCGGGAUCAAGAAGACAUGGAUGACUUUGAAGAAACAUCUGCGAAACCGACUCGCAAAGGCCGAUCAACCAGAGCAACUAAAGCAAAGAAAGCCACAGCAGAGAUCAACACAGGGUCACAGAGGUCAACCAGAAGCACAAGGUCAAGGAAGAAAGAUGUCAGUAUGGAGGAUUCCCCUGUGUACAGCAUGGUGGCAGCCAUGAAAGAAAGGAAUGGAGGACGACUGCUUGGAGACCUACGGCAACUUGACGAUUUAGACAUUGAUAAAACACCUGUUGCACGGCAGGUAGCAAUCAUCCGUAGUCCAUCUCCCAGCACACCGAAGAUCCGAUCUCCAAGCACUGUCAAAAACACGGUCCGUCGUAAAUUCAGUGUGAAGGACAAAGCCAGUGCAUAUGAGGAAAUGUUAGCAAAAAGAACAAGUCAAAGCCCUGCCAGUCCACGAUCACCAUUAAGCCCUGUGAAGGGAAGCAGCAGGACGCCAGGGUCAACCAGCACUCCUCCCACCCCGAAUACUGUUACCCAGACAACUAGAAGUACUGCUUUGAGACUGGAGAGUGACCGUCGGUCAGAGAGCCGUAGGUCAUCUAGACAGUCACUCAAGGUGUUGGCAUCCAAAGCUCGACUGUCCACCGCCAGGGGCAGGCCAAGUAUGGGCGGGGCUACUGUAGUGACCAAUGGGGAUAAGGUGACUGAGUCGUUACAGAAAGCUGCUGAAACUGAAGUAGUGGAGAUGGAAAUGGCUGAUGCAGAUGAACAACCUAAGAAGAGUGCUAGAACAAGACUACGACUGAAGAAAAAGACAGACAAUGACUCAAGUGACGCAGGUAAAGAAGUAGAAGCUGUCGCAGUCCUACCGUCCUCUUCCUCAUCAUCCUCGGUGGACUCCGAUAAUGAAAAUCGACCUGUCAAGAAGACUUGUCGUGAAACUGAUAGAGUCGUGGAUACAGAGCCGCGACUUUCGUAUGACAAACUGUACAAAGAGGACAAGGAACAUCCAGAUUUCACUUCCGACUCUGACAAUGGUGGUAGCAAGAAGAGAACAAAAGCAAGAAAGACUAAGAAGUCUCAGGUAGAAAGCUCGGAGAAGGAAACAACUACUGCCUGUAAGGAAUCAGAAUCGGAAGUUGAUGCUCCUGUGAGGCAGAGCACGCGGACUAAAACACGUAAGAAUGCUGAAGCUAAGAAGGAACAGUUGCGCCCCGCGUGCAGCGAGUCUGAGUCGGAGUGUGACAGGCCUGUGAGACAGAGCACCAGAACAAAAACAAGAAAACCAAAGGCGACAGUAGUAGCAUCUGAAAGUGAGUUUUCUGGGUCUGUGUCAUCUGACAAGGAGCAUGUUGAGUCUGAGAUAUCCCAGUCUGAGGAGAAGAAGGAAGAUGUGAUGGAGGUCAGUGAGGAAGUCCACAUGACGGAGGAGGACCAUGGUGACCACGACCGGGACUCGGGCAUCAUGAGUGCUCAGUCUAGCGAGAUCAAUAUCAAUAUAUCCGCCAAACCCAUGGAGGCUGAGAUAAUUGAGGAGGAAGAGGAGGAGAAGCAGCCCACACGGUCGACCCGCACGAAGACACGGAAAGUACAGAAGAGUGAGAGUAGUGAUUGUGAAGAAGUGUUUGUUGCCCCUGAGUCUCCUGCUCCUAAAACACGAACUAAAACACGGAAGCGUCAGGCUGAGGAAGAAGAAAAUCGGGUUGCUCCCAAACCGAAGAGAUCCUGCACCAACUCCGUCUCUUCACCUGAUCAGCCUAGUAGACAUGCUGCUACAGAUUCAGACAGUGUGGCCAGUAGUGAGGAGGACAUCACAGACCGCUCUCCAUCACCGACAUGCCCGCCAGACAAGGUGAUCCGUCCCCAUACUUCGUCUUUCCUGAACAGUUUACGUAAGCCCUCAUCUGUGGCCAUCGGCACUCCUUCAAAUCUCAUCACCGGCAUGACCUCCUUCAUCAAGAAAACACAGAUUACUCCUAACAAAGCCUCACAACUGGCUUUACAGGAGAUGAGGAAAAAGGAGCUUGAGGAGAAGCAGAAGAAGGAUCGAGAGCGGAUACAGAAGCGAGAGGAGAACCUCAAGAUCAGGAUCGAGGAGCAAAGGAGGAAGCGUGAGGAGCGUAUGAGGAAGGUGCUGGAGUACCGGGAGCAGCGCGAGAAGCAAGAGCGGCAGAUCAAGGACACGCUGGCCAAGAAGAUGGAGGAGAAGAUGCAGGUGUCAGAUAAGCUGAAGGAGGAGAAACUAAAGGAGGAGAAGGAGCUGAAGGCAAAGAUCAGGCUGAAGAAGCAGCUUGAAGCCGAGGAGAGGCGGAAACAGGACGAGGAGGAGAAACUGCGCAAGAAGCAGGAACUGGAGGAAGAAAAUAGGAGGUACCAAGAGUUGAUGCAGAGGAAGAAGGAGUAUGAGGAGCAAGAGCGUCAAAAGAAGAUAGCUGAAGAGAGGAAGAGGCACGAAGAGAGACUGGCGGAGGUGGAGCGAGAGAGGGAGCAGGAGCAACUACGGAUCCGGCACAUGGAGGAGGAGCGAGAGAAAGAACGAGUGAAAGCCAGGGAGGAGAGGGAGAAGGCUGCAGCACGUGAGAAAGCUGAGAGAGAGAAACAUGAGGUGGACAAGAAAAAGGAGAAAGAACUAGCCUUGAAGAGAGAAUUAGACAAACUGAGAGAGCUGGAGAAGCAGCGUCUUCAGAAGGAGGCAGAACUCCGGGAACAUGAACAACGGAAGGAGGAACAGAUGCGCCAGAUGAUCAAGCAACACAACCAGAACCUGGUUUCUCUGCAACAAAACAUACAGGGUCUACAGAAGCCCAACCUCAACUCCACUGUCACACUCAAUAAAUCAGCAGAUAGUUUCACAUCGUAUGAAAUCACCCCCGCCAAGAAGAAGAAAAACAGCAGUUCGGAGAACUACAACAUAGAAGACCUCAACUCAGAGGAUUCCACGGACGAUGAGGACCAGCCGAAAAAGAGAUUACCUCUGUGGGCGCAAGAUCGAAAUCUGAAAGCAGCUCUGAUAAAUCAACACUAUCACCCCCCAAACACUGAGGGAAUCUUUGGUGCCAUUGACCCACCCGAUCUCAAUGUCCUGUUCAAGAAAGUCAAGCCGAGGUUCAACAAGCGUACAAGUUCAGCCAUCUGGGACUCACCAUUGUACAAACCUCAUGGAGCACCAGUUUCAUGAUCACAUAUCAUUCAGUUGUCAAGAUCCGGGUCUCUUUUAGCCUUGUCCCUUCUGGCUGACUCUGUGUUCACUCAGUCCAAUGCAUGUACCGGUACCGGUACCUUCACCUUCACCUUCACCAUCACAGACAGGUGUUUCUUUUCAUAACUUGGUUCAUGGAUCUCCAAACUUAAAAAGACAGGGAUGUGUGGGAGGGGGAAAAAGGAUUCAAGUUUAAAGCUGUUUUACUAAGGCCAAGCCUGAUAAUCACACUAUUUAAUGAAAUCACUAAUGUUUUCUAGCCUAGGGGGUAAGGAAUACAUGCCUGCAAUAGUUAGCUGAAAUAGUAUAGCUCCACCAUUCUCAAAUCAGUGCAUAUGGGACAUUGUUCUCACAGGAACAGUAUGAAUUUAACAUUCCUGUACGACUUCACCAAAAUGCCAAAAGCAAAAUGGAGGUUUUUGGUAUUUUAUAUUUUUCUCUCAUUCGACCGAGCCUAUAUUCUUAAAAAGAAGUCUGUUAUUUUUAUUUCAACCAGCAACCAAUGGUUUGGAGAAAAACAACCGUAAACCUACUGAUAAAACACAUUGGCCUAAUAAUGUUAGAGUGUAACUACGAGUGUCAGGGCCUGCAUCCCUGUCUGGUAGAUGUGAGGGUACAGGACUCUAGUGGGUGACACUCCAGGUACAACCAAGCAUGGGACGUGAGCCACAGACCAGAAGAAACAGCUGCGUAUUUGUGACAAUACAACCUUUUUCUUAACAACUAUAUGUGUAGUUAAUCUCCAGUUGAUAGUCUGUACAUUUGUAAAGAUGUAUUAAAUUAUGCAUCGGAAUAUUAUUUUAUUGAGAAACAGGAUCAUUUAUACUCAUUUACUGUGUAGUUUGUCUAUCUUCGUUUUAUGACUUUUGCAACUACUUAUGUUUCUUUUCUCAAUUCUUGAAUCCAUUUCUUGAAUCCUCUUCCUCCAGGAUUUCCUCUUGCUAUAUCUUAUUGGUUGAAAAAUAACAUUGCAAUGGAGUAUGUGUCUCAAUAGUGACUUCAUAAUAUGAUGCAGAGUUUCUGUGAAUUAUUCUAUUUUCAAUCUAUUUACAUAUAUGAAUUAGGGUUUGAAAAAUGCUGUGGUCCAGAUAAUCGACAUUUGAUAUUAAUGAAAAUCAGAAUCAUUCAUCAGGAUAGUAGUAUAUAUUAAAAGUCGUUCUCAUUGUGUUAUCUUUGACAGAUUGAAAAGUACAAGAGAAUUGAGGAAUAAUUGUGACCCUGGUUCAAAUGUCCUGAUGUGAGUGAGCUGGGUUUAACGCUGCUUUGAACAGUAUUCCAGUCUUAUCAUGUAUGUCAGCCUGAUGUGGGAGGAAAGCCUGAAGUGAUGCAGGUCUCCCGAUGUUUACCACUUCGGUGAAACCCACGAGCACGGGUAUGGUGCUGACAAACCUAGAAACAAUCGGGACGCGUGAUGCAAGUCUGAUGUAAUCUUGAUACGUCACUCAGUUAGUUAAAUGCUGAAGCUGAAAAGAUACACCAGCAUGACAAUAGUUUAAUAACAUCACAUCCUCUCAAAUAUUUGCUCAUACAAAGAGUUAGUUUUAAGUAUUUUGUAUCAUAUUGUGGAGCAAUGUAUUUUGAUGCACCAUUGAAUCUUUCACCACUCUCGUAUUUCUUGCAAAGCUGAUCACCCUGUGUAUAUUGCUAUCCCACGAUGUUGUAGAUAUGUAAAUAUGUAAAUAGCUCAUCCAUCUCAUGCAGGCAUCACACAUUGCACACAAUACACACAGGCCAUUCAUUCAUUCUUCUCUUCAUUUAUCAGACUGUCAUUUUUAAGAAAGCUCAAUUUCUUGUUGGUUGCUCUGUGCCAUAACUCUAUUAAAUUUUAUCAGUCACAACAAAUUUAGUAAAUCUCAUUCAUAUUUUUAUUGUUUGUUUUACACGAUGUAUUAAUAUUGUUUUUUUGAUGGGUCCAUAGAGUGCAAACAUAAAAUGAAGGCAUAUUCUGUCUUCUCCAAGCUUAACAUAGGUAUAUAUAACAUUAUCUGACCUUUCGGUAGCAAUGUAUUGGAAUUAAUGUCAUAUCCAUUGGCUGUAUUUAUUAUAAGGACAAAUGUCUACUGAUUUAUAUAACUGUGAAGUGUGUAUGACUAAUAUCUAGCUGUGUAGGUAUAGAUAAUGAGAAUGUACUACAGUACAUCUACUUUGUCAUGAUGUAUCUGAUACACCCUGAUACAUCUAUGAUGCAUCCCUGAGACUGUGACUAACUUCAGAUACUGUGGGCGUCUGUACACAGUGAACUAUCCUUUCAUGUUGUGACAGCUGUCCGUUACUUUGUACAAACGCUUUUACACAGUGUAACUUGGUAUCUGCAUUUUCAGAUGAAUGGGAAUAAAUUCUGAAAUGUGA